CUAUACAUGAGAUAGUAAUAGAUGAUAAUAUAGACUAUGUGCAAGUGCACCUCAAAUUUUCCUAAGCAAGCAAUUCAAACUGCCAAAGUCAUUCAACUAUUCAAGCUUCUGUCUAGUUUACAUUGUUGUGAUUUCCCAGUAUACAGAGCUCAAAAUGUUUAAGAUCUCUUCUAUGGCCAAUGGGAUGGUUAUGCCACCAUGUAGCCUAAGCCCUUUGCCUAGAAUGUACCCUCGAACCAGAAAUGAUCCAACUUCAACACCCUUUAGGCAGUUGCAGCUCAGCCAAAGCAGGAGUCUCGGUUUUUGUUUCAGGCUCUCAGAUGGGUUCAAAGAGAAGUGUUGGGCAGCCAGAGUGGGUGCUCCAUUGAGUGACGCAACUUUUCAUGAUGAGGGUGAUGAAGUUGACACCAGUGGAGCAAUUCCGAAGCAUUGUUGGGUUAAGAACCCUUGGAAGUCUAUGAGCUAUGUUGUGAGGGAUGUUGCUGUUGUUGCUGGCUUGGUGUCUCUGGCAGUCAAAUUUGACUGUUGGGCUGUUUGGCUUUUUUACUGGUGUGCUCAGAGCAUCAUGUUCUGGGAUCUCUUUGUUCUUGCCCAUGAUUCAUUCCAUGCAUGGAGAACAAGUCAUCAGAAGAUUCAGAACCAUGGAAAUGUCGAAAAUGAUAAUCCGUUAAAUGAGAAGACUCAAAUAUUGAGGUUCUUCUUCCCAAUCCAUCCGUGGAGUAGUAGUCCAAGAAAGAUGGGUUCUCAUUAUGAUCCGAACAGCGAACUGUUUUUUCCAAAUGAAAGGAUUGCCUGUUGGAUUACGAUGGUUGUUCUGCUUGUUGCUCUGUCUUUUGUAAUUGGUCCGAUCCUAAUGCUUAAGCUUUAUGGAGCUCCAUACGUGGGGUUCGUGGUGUGCCUGGACUUGGUGAAUUACUUAUCUCCUCAAAUCCCACACUACAAGUCUACAACUAACAGAAGCAGUGAGCAACACUUUCACCUAAACCAUUUGCCUAAAAAUAAACAAAAUGAGCUAACGUGGUUCUUGUCACUUCCAGACAGCGGCAGCUGAGCCUGUGAUUGGGAAGUACUACAGGGAGCCCAAGAAAUCUGUUCCUCUUGCAUUACAUUUAUUGGGAGUCCUUGUAAAAAGCUUCAAGAUUGAUCACCGUGUUAGUGAUACUGGGGAUAUUGUGUAUCACCAAACUGAUGAGAAGCUCUCCGGAUCUUAGGAUCUAGGACAUGAAGUUGUCAAGUUUGCAGGCU